ACGGGGCGCCAUACCCACGUAAUCAGCAAUCGCAAUGAAAGAUAUAUUGGUUUCCUUGCUUUGUCAAUUACUUCUGCUUCAUCAUCGUCCCCGUUGAUGUGCCCCUGUGCGCGGUUUAAUAAUCUCCCGCAAUAGCUCUAUAUAAGCGGAGGAUCAAGAUCCCCCGCUUUGUUAAGAGUACAAUCCAACCAAACCCUCUCGUCCCGCCAUCUCACAAUGUCUGAAAUCAAGAUAUUCCAACUUGGCGACUUCAAGCUCAAAUCUGGCGGCUCGAUCCCCAACGCCUUCAUAGCAUACAAGACCUUUGGUGACGCUUCCAAUCCAGCUAUCAUCUACCCAACAUGGUAUAGUGGCACCAUAUCAACCAACGAAUGGCUAAUUGGGGAUUCCAAGACCCUGAGCCCCCAGAAGUACUACAUCAUCAUCCCGGCCCUUAUCGGUAAUGGAGAGUCCGUAAGUCCCUCCAACAAACCAGAUCUUCGCCCAUGGCCCGAUGUGACCUUCUACGACAACGUGAAAGCGCAAUAUCGCCUAGUGACUGAAGAACUCGGUGUGAAACAUGCCAAAUGUGUGCUGGGUUGGAGUAUGGCCGCCGGACAGACAUACCAAUGGAUCACCCAGUACCCUGAUUUCACGGACCUUGCUGUGCCAUUCUUGGGUAGCGCGAAGACAAGUCCACAUAACCAAGUCUUCCUCGAGGGCGUCAAGGCGGCUGUCCUGGCCGCCAAAGGCACAUCUUCAGGGGGCGUCGUGAAGGGUGAGGCCACACCCGGAUCCUCUUAUCGCGGAUGGAGCGAUACCGAACGCGAGAUUGGGUUGAAGGCACUGGGCAGAGUCUAUGCAGGCUGGGGCUUCAGUCAAGCCUUCUACAGGGAGAAAGUUUACGAAACGUACCUGGGAUUCAAAGAUCUCGAGGACUUCAUGGUCAACUUCUGGGAGGCUUGGGCGUUGAGCAAGGAUCCGGAGAAUAUGCUGGCAAUGCUCCAUACCUGGCAAGCUGCAGAUGUUUCCGACCAGGAGCCGUAUAAUAAAGAUUUCGAUGCUGCGAUGAAAGGCAUUAAAGCAAAGACUUUGGUACUGCCCGGUGAAACGGAUCUUUACUUCCCACCUGAGGAUUCCUACAUCGAAGUCCAGGCCAUGAAUCCAAAUGUCGGCAUGUGUAUUGUAAUCCCGUCGAUUUGGGGCCACUGGGCUGGCGGACCUGGUACCAGUAAGGAAGACGCGAAAUGGCUGGACGAGAAAUUAAAGUCUUUCUUUGCUUGAGAAUAUGCGGAGUAGUCCGGCAAUUCAUGGUGUUGCUUCUUCAAUGGCUAUGCUCAUUGGUGGGGAACCUAUGCGAGGCUUUUUCCUAUAGGGACAAGCAAGUUCAUUGUGACAUUGUUCUCACAUGUCUUGUUCUACGUCAAAAUAUCAACGGCUCAAACAGCACUGCCCUGCAGCCUUUUGUAACAAGCGGUCGAGGCGAUAGAGGUCCUGAACAAAGAAAACCCAACCUACAAAAUGCGGUGCAGAAGGGUAUACCCUGUCGCGCAUCAGAGCAUCAAUUCCUAUAGCGCUGUGCGGCAUUCGUUUUAAAUCCUUAUAUCAUUCAUUUUAAGUUCCUGUAAAUAAAACAUUCACCAGAGUACAAUAUACCCGAAAUUAUAAGUG